AUCGUCAUGUGACGCGAGCCCUCGCCCCACCCGUCUGCAGCCACUCCCUGUCUCCGUCCCCAAACUCGAGAGGGCCACGUGACCCUCCCGGGGCCAGUCACGUGAGGCGCGGAUUCUGGGUGGGAGGGGGUUGGCUCAGGGGUCCGGAGUGGCAGUAAAGGAGGAAGAUGGCGGGGUGCCGGGGGUCCCUGUGCUGCUGCUGCCGGUGGUGCUGUUGCUGCGGUGAGCGUGAGACCCGCACCCCGGAGGAGCUGACCAUCCUUGGAGAAACACACGAGGAGGAGGAUGAGAUCCUUCCAAGGAAAGACUAUGAGAGUUUGGAUUAUGAUCGCUGUAUCAAUGACCCUUACCUGGAAGUUUUGGAAACCAUGGAUAAUAAGAAGGGUCGAAGGUAUGAGGCGGUGAAGUGGAUGGUGGUGUUUGCCAUCGGAGUCUGCACUGGGCUGGUGGGUCUCUUUGUGGACUUCUUUGUGCGCCUCUUCACCCAGCUCAAGUUUGGAGUAGUAGAGAUAUCGGUGGAGGAAUGCAGCCAGAAAGGCUGCCUCGCCCUGUCCCUUCUCGAACUCUUGGGUUUCAACUUGACUUUUGUCUUCUUGGGGAGCCUUCUUGUUCUAAUUGAGCCAGUGGCAGCAGGUUCCGGGAUACCCGAGAUCAAAUGCUAUCUGAAUGGCGUGAAGGUGCCUGGCAUUGUCCGUCUCCGCGCCCUGCUCUGCAAAGCCUUCGGAGUGCUGCUCAGCGUGGCUGGAGGGCUCUUUGUGGGGAAGGAAGGCCCCAUGAUCCACAGUGGCGCGGUGGUGGGUGCUGGCCUCCCUCAGUUUCAGAGCAUCUCCUUACGGAAAAUCCAGAUUAACUUCCCCUAUUUCCGAAGUGACAGAGACAAGCGGGACUUCGUGUCGGCAGGGGCGGCUGCUGGCGUCGCUGCAGCCUUUGGGGCUCCCAUUGGGGGGACCUUGUUCAGUCUGGAGGAGGGCUCGUCCUUCUGGAACCAGGGGCUCACGUGGAAAGUGCUCUUUUGUUCCAUGUCUGCCACCUUCACCCUCAACUUCUUUCGUUCCGGGAUUCAGUUUGGAAGUUGGGGUGCUUUCCAGCUCCCUGGAUUGCUGAACUUCGGCGAGUUUAAGUGCUCUGACUCUGAUAAAAAAUGUCAUCUCUGGACAGCUAUGGAUUUGGGGUUCUUCGUUGUGAUGGGGAUCAUUGGGGGCCUCUUGGGAGCCACGUUCAACUGUCUGAACAAGAGGCUUGCAAAGUACCGCAUGCGGAACGUGCACCCGAAACCCAAGCUCGUCAGAGUCUUAGAGAGCCUCUUGGUGUCUCUGGUAACCACGGUGGUGGUGUUCGUGGCCUCAAUGGUGUUAGGAGAAUGCCGACAGAUAUCGUCUUCGAGUCAAGACGGUAAUGACUCGUUCCUGCUCCAGGUCACGUCCGAAGAUGCGAAUUCAAGUAUCAAGAACUUUUUUUGUCCCAACGAGACCUACAAUGACAUGGCCACACUCUUCUUCAAUCCCCAGGAGUCUGCCAUCCUUCAGCUCUUCCACCAGGACGGUACCUUUAGCCCCAUCACUUUGGCCUUGUUCUUCGUCCUCUAUUUCUUGCUUGCAUGUUGGACUUACGGCAUUUCUGUUCCAAGUGGCCUUUUUGUGCCUUCUCUGCUCUGUGGAGCUGCGUUUGGACGUUUAGUUGCCAAUGUCCUCAAAAGCUACAUUGGAUUGGGCCAUAUCUACUCGGGGACCUUCGCCCUGAUUGGUGCCGCGGCUUUCUUGGGUGGGGUCGUCCGUAUGACCAUCAGUCUCACAGUCAUCCUGAUUGAGUCUACCAAUGAGAUCACCUACGGACUUCCCAUUAUGAUCACUCUGAUGGUGGCCAAAUGGACAGGCGACUUUUUCAAUAAGGGCAUUUAUGAUAUCCACGUGGGCCUGCGAGGGGUGCCACUUCUGGAAUGGGAGACAGAGGUGGAGAUGGACAAACUGAGGGCCAGUGACAUCAUGGAACCCAACCUGACCUACGUCUACCCGCACACCCGCAUCCAGUCUCUGGUCAGCAUCCUGCGCACCACUGUCCACCAUGCCUUCCCGGUGGUCACGGAGAACCGGGGCAAUGAGAAGGAGUUCAUGAAGGGCAACCAGCUCAUCAGUAACAACAUCAAAUUCAAGAAAUCCAGCAUCCUCACCCGAGCCGCUGAGCAGCGCAGACGCAGCCAGUCCAUGAAGUCCUACCCGUCGAGCGAGCUGCGGAACAUGUGUGACGAGCACGUGGCCUCCGAGGAGCCGGCAGAGAAGGAGGACCUCCUGCAGCAGAUGCUCGAGCGGAGAUACACUCCCUACCCCAACCUAUACCCUGAUCAGUCCCCAAGUGAAGACUGGACCAUGGAGGAACGCUUCCGCCCUCUGACCUUCCACGGCCUGAUCCUUCGGUCGCAGCUUGUCACCCUGCUCGUCCGAGGAGUUUGUUAUUCUGAAAGUCAGUCGAGCUCCAGCCAGCCGCGCCUUUCCUAUGCCGAGAUGGCCGAGGAUUACCCGCGGUACCCCGACAUCCACGACCUGGACCUGACGCUCCUGAACCCGCGGAUGAUUGUGGAUGUCACCCCGUACAUGAACCCUUCGCCCUUCACUGUCUCACCCAACACCCACGUCUCCCAAGUUUUCAGCCUGUUCAGAACGAUGGGCCUGCGGCACCUGCCGGUGGUGAACGCGGUGGGAGAGAUUGUCGGGAUCAUCACCCGACACAACCUGACGUACGAAUUUCUGCAGGCUCGGCUGCGGCAGCAUUGCCAGACCAUCUGAGGGCUUGGCUCGGCCUGCCGCGGGCCAGCCCACCCUCUCCUGGAGCUGCGGGGGGAUGCAGCUCGCUCAUGCUUCGUCGCCGUGGCUGGCUGCGUUGGUCCAGGGCACGGAAGGUGCCCAGUCACCCACUCGCUCAGAAAGGCUGCAGUCAUUGGACACUUUGCUGGCCAGAGAUCCUGGGGAUGGUGUCGAACCAUCAGAGUUUGGGCUUGUCUGACUUUCUCAGCAAGUAUCUUCCUGUUUGCCGCCCCCCGAGUUCCUACCAUCCAGUGUCGCACAGGCCCCAGGCCCCUGCACCCCCCGAGCACCAGGGCCAGAGCGGAAGGCAGGCCUCCCCAACUGGAGGGCAUCACCCAGAACAGUGUCCCUGCCCCCUUACCCCCCAGGAGCCCCAGCUGUGGCCUUAAACCAUGAGAGGGGACCGUGGCCAAGGCAAACACUGGGGGGGUCCCAGUUGCAAAAUUAAGUGAACUACUAAAUUCAGGAGUUGGGCACCGAAACGGUGUUUCAGGGAGGCCUUCCUCGGGGGGACUGUCAGCUCGGCAUCUGCGACAGGUCAUUUUGCAGGAAGUGUUGUGCUUCCGCGGCAUGAGCUCUGGCGCUCUGGUCUGGCCCCGUGGUUUCAGUCUCCUGAGAGCCACCACCCUCCAGAAGCACAAAGCAUUAAAGUCCCUCCGACAACCUCUGAACAAGAAAUCCGGCAGAAGGGUCAGAUUGGCGUCUGCCCUGGUUUUUAACAUUUCAGCUUUCUCUCCAUUUCCCAAAUUACUCAUGGUCUCCUAGUGAGUUUUUUAUCCUGAUUUGUCCCUGUGCCUUUUCACGUCCACUAAAUUACUAAACUUCCCUUAAGUUUC